CACACAAAAACUGGCCAAUUAGCAGCAAUCAAAAUUAUGGAUGUAACAGAGGAUGAAGAAGAGGAAAUUAAGCUAGAAAUUAAUGUUUUGAAAAAGUACUCACAUCAUCGAAAUAUAGCAACAUAUUAUGGGGCAUUUAUUCAGAAAAGUCCACCGGGUAAAGAUGACAAACUUUGGCUUGUCAUGGAAUAUUGUGGUGCUGGCUCAGUUACUGAUCUUGUAAAAUCAACCAAAGGACAGUGUCUCAAAGAAGAAUGGAUAGCUUAUAUUUGUAGAGAAAUCCUCAGGGGUCUAAGUCAUCUUCAUGCCAAUAAAAUUAUCCAUAGGGAUAUCAAAGGUCAGAAUGUUCUUCUAACAGAUAAUGCUGAAGUAAAGCUAGUUGACUUCGGUGUAAGCGCUCAAUUAGACAGAACAAUAGGACGAAGAAAUACUUUUAUAGGAACUCCUUAUUGGAUGGCUCCUGAGGUGAUAGCCUGUGAUGAAAAUCCAGAAGCCACAUAUGACAAUCGAAGUGAUUUGUGGUCAUUAGGAAUAACUGCUUUAGAAAUGGCAGAAUCUCAACCACCAUUAUGUGAUAUGCAUCCUAUGCGAGCUCUGUUUCUCAUUCCACGGAAUCCUCCACCUCGGUUAAAGUCAAAAAAGUGGAAUAAGAAAUUUCAUAGCUUUAUAGAAACUGUUUUAGUAAAAGAUUAUCAACAGAGGCCAUAUACUGAUCAACUCUUGAAACAUCCUUUUAUUCGUGACCAACCCACAGAAAGGCAAGUGCGUAUUCAACUAAAAGAUCAUAUUGAUCGAUGUCGCAAACACAAGAGAGGAGGUAAAGGUGAAAUUCAAGAGGAGUAUAGGUAUAGUGGUAGUGAAGGAGAAGAAGAGGAUGUUGGCUUAGCUGGAGAGCCUAGCUCUAUAGAGCCAGUACAGCAGGAUUCGACACUUAGGAGAAACUUCCAACAAUUACAAGAAGGUCGGACGUUAACUUCUAAUGAAGCAAGGGUGCCUGGGAGUAGUUUUCAACCUCCGUCUGCACCUGCCCUUCAGAUCGAAACUCCUGCCCCUCCUCCUAGGCAUCCUGUACCACCUCAGAGGCUUAUUGUGGUUCCAGAUCCUCCGCCUCCGAGUAAACCUCUUCCACCGAUACCAGUAGAUGGGAAUAGGAAAGCAAAAGCAGCUACUCCUCCUAGAAACAAUCAAAACCAAAUGAUUCCAUUUCAGUCCUCUCAGCAGAGCAGGAGCUCUGGUGUUUUUAAACCUCCUGCAAGGAGACCAGAGGAUUUAGAAGUUUUAGCUGCUCAGUUAAAUGACUUAGCCAUAGGAGGUGCUGGUAGUUUAUCAAAUCAUAACAAUAAUGGUCGAGUUUCCUCAAAUUUGAUAGAAACACCCCCAGGAAUUAAUGGAAUCAUUUCUGAGAAACCUGCAGGUGUGAAUCGAAAUGGUUCUGAUUCCGAAGAAGAGGAGGAGGAAGAUGAAGGCCAAAUUCAGAAUGAUGGAACUCUGUUAGCAUCUGAUCCUCCCCGACCACUGGCCUCUGAAAAUCCAAAUGAAAAUAGGAUAUCAAGGCCACCUGAAGUAUACAAUGAUGCACUUAGAAAUUUAGUUGAACAUGACAAAAUUAAUGAUGGGUCAACACCAGUCAACCAUGCUCCUCAUCGACCCCUACCUCCAACCCCUGAUGAGGAUGAAAAUAAUGAUAGGACUCUUGUUCUUAGAAGAAACCAUUCAAAUAGACAAGAGCACAACAGGCGCAUGAGGAGUGAAAAUGAAAGUAGCAAUAAGUGCCAAGAAAAGGCAAAAGAUCGCUCUAGUAGUAAUUUAGAAAAAAACCAACGAAGAAGGGAUUCUGGGCCCAUUGAACGCAGCGAUGUCAAUAAAACCAAGAACGAACAAAGGCAUCGUUCAUCAUCUACUCCAUUACACAAAGCAACAUCAUCUCCUUUUCCUUUAGCUACCUCAACUCCUAAUCAAAACGGCGAAUCAAAUCAUAAGAAAGAACGAAUAAAUAAUUCUAGGCAUGACUCGAAGAAUGACAAAGACCGAACAGAUAGGAGUGCACAAAGUUCUAGUUCUGACCGUGGUCCUUCACAGCGUAUGGAAUCUUCACAGAGUUCUCCUGGAAAUAUUGGUAUGGCAGCUACUCGUUCUAUGGGUGUUUUGCCUGACCUUUUGCAGCAACAUGCGUCUAAUACAUCUGGCCAUCAGUCAUCACCUCAGCAUAGGCUUCAAGAUUCUACUACAUCAGAUGAGUACAGGCAAGCUGUUGGGAAAGCACCACCUCAACUACAGCACAAACAACGUUCCUUUCUUACAUUUGGGUUUGGUGCAGGUGGAACUGGUCCCUCUCCAUCUCCUAGGAGAGAGAGCCAUGUCAAUGUUAAUGUCACACCUACAUCCCAUGAAUCAUCAGCAGAUACUCCUGAAAUUCGGAAGUAUAAAAAGAGGUUCAAUUCAGAAAUUCUUUGUGCUGCUUUAUGGGGUGUAAAUCUAUUAAUUGGUACUGAAAAUGGCCUUAUGCUGCUUGAUCGCAGUGGCCAGGGAAAAGUGUAUCAACUAAUUUCCAGAAGAAAGUUUCAACAAAUGGAAGUUCUUGAAGGUCAAAAUAUUCUUGUCACAAUAUCAGGCAAAAAGUGUCGUGUACGAGUCUAUUAUCUCUCCUGGCUGAAGAGUAAAAUAUUACGUACAGAUGGGAUUGAAAAGAGGAGUGGCUGGAUAAAUGUAGGAGAUUUACAAGGAGCUGUACAUUUCAAAAUAGUCAAAUAUGAAAGAAUAAAAUUCCUUGUGAUUGCCUUAAAAGAAAGCAUAGAAAUAUAUGCCUGGGCACCAAAGCCUUACCAUAAAUUUAUGGCCUUUAAGUCAUUUACAGAUUUAGCUCAUAGGCCUAGCUUAGUCGAUAUGACAAUAGAAGAAGGUGUUCGACUAAAGGUUGUGUAUGGCUCAUCCGAAGGCUUCCAUGCGGUAGAUUUGGACUCUGGUGCUGUGUAUGAUAUUUAUCUUCCUGCCCAUUCUCAGGGCCCUAUUUCUCCUCAUACGAUAGUCACUCUUCCAAACUCCAAAGGUUUACAGCUUCUUCUGUGUUACGACAACGAAGGAGUGUAUGUUAAUACAUAUGGAAAAGUUAGUAAAAAUAUUGUCCUGCAGUGGGGGGAGAUGCCAACAUCUGUGGCAUACAUUGGAACAGGCCAAAUAAUGGGAUGGGGCAACAAAGCAAUAGAAAUACGUAAUGUAGAAACUGGUCAUUUAGAUGGUGUUUUCAUGCAUAAGAAAGCCCAGAAAUUAAAGUUUCUAUGUGAGAGAAAUGAUAAGGUAUUUUUUUCAUCAGCCAAGGGAGGUUCUUCGUGCCAGAUAUACUUUAUGACUCUCAAUAAGCCAGGAAUGGCUAAUUGGUAGCAGAUGAAAAAACAAAAAGUGCUCCUGCCAUUCGAAGAGAUGGUGCUCUUAUAUAAUAUAUGUAGGGAAAAUAUUUUUCCCUGUUUUGCCUUGCAGUCAGUCAUAACAUAUUUUUCUGUUUUGUAGAAAAUUUUUGUUCUCUUCACAGUUUGUGCUUCGGGUUUUUUUAUUAAUCUUUUUUAAUUGCUCAAUGAUGUUUCAACAUUAUUAGUUCUACUCUUUUAUACCAGCUGCUGUUUCGAGAAAGCAAGGUAAUACAGAAAUUGUAUAUAGCUUUAUUUGUUUUUGGAAAGAAAGGAAAAGAGCUAAUUUUUCUAAUAAAUUGUAAAAUAGUAAUUUUAUUAAAACAUCGCUAAUAAUGAAGUCUAACAAAGUUUAGUUUUUUUAUGUUUGUUAUGUUAAGAUUGUAUCAUUUAAGAGUGCUUCAUAGCAGCUGGUACACAAGAUACAGAAUUACAGAAUUAGUGUUUAUUUACAUUGUACAUAGAUCAUCUAUCUCAUUUAUCAUGGCAAAUUUUUUAAAUCAUUUUGCCGCCUUCAUCUAAUUAUGUGAAUUGGCUUCAACUAAUUUUCAAAUCACCGUUUAAUAAUGCUUAUUUGUGUUUUUUACAUGAACUAUAUUCUGUAAUAAUAACUUUAUAAGGUUGUUUACGUGAAGUGUUUAGACAGCAUUAUAUUCUUUUUUUAAUAACACAGUAAUAAGUUUUUGUGAAAAUAUGUUAGGAUAAAAUACAUUGAAAAGUAAUUAAAAUUAUUUUAUUUGAAAUAAUUGUGUUGAACACAAAAUUCUUUUGCUGUUAAAUUUAUAUGCCAUUUUUAUAAGUAAUCAGUUAUGAUUAUCACUUUAAAGGAAACGUUAAAAUUGAAGGAUAUGAAUAGUGUCGUGCUUUAUCACAUAUGAAAGAAAUCAAUUACAGAAUAUUUAAAUUAUUUGUAUAUAAAUGACAUAAAUCUUUAAGAAAUAUUAUUGUAGACUUGUGUCUGAAAAAAUAUGGUUUACGUUUUGUAAAGCAAAUAAUGUGAAUGUGAAUAAGGAAAAUUUAAAUAGUUUUUCAUUUCCUUUUUUAAAUUGCUUAAAUGAUAAGAUAAUUUGUUAGCCAUGAUUUUGUUUGCAUUUUAAAAUUAUUCGUCCACACAGUUCAUUUGCUAUUUUUCAUACCUAUUUUUUACGUAUGUUAAAAUAUCUCGUCUCGUAUGUUAUAUUUCAGUCUAGCCAUGCCAUCUGUGUUGAGGAGUUUUGUUUUGCAAAAAUGCUGAUAUAAUAGAAUUUUGGCAUUAUAUAUUUUGUGAUAAUGCUAUUUAUUAAAGAAAAGUUUUUCUAAUCUGUCUUCAAAGGUGUAAAAAAAAAAAAUAAGUUGAUGUAACUUCUUGAAUGUUAAUAUAUUCAACCUGAUAUUCCUUGCCACAUGACUACAGAUUUAAUUUUUUGUAAUUGUUUGUAAAAUGACUGCAAAGAAAAAAAGCCUGAGAUGGCUUCAAAGAAAGCUAAAAGAUAUUGUUGAACAGUUUUUGUACAUAUUUGUGUACAUAUAUAAAUAAGUGAAGAAGAAUUAGUACAUUUACUAUGCACUUUUUUUAAAACACAGGCAACAUAGGAAGUUAAUUGCUGUUUCUUCCAUCUAAUAUUUAUAUGAAAUUUUUAGGAGUAAGAUGUUUUAUAUCAGAUAAAGUAUUUCUAUUCUUCAUUGUUUGAUUUAUCUUUCUUGAAUAAUUUGCCCUAAAAUUUUUAUUACAGUCGAGCAUUUUUGUGUUUAAAAAUAUUGUAAGUAAAUCAUACCAUGGCCAUAAGUGUUUAUUAAAGCCACUUUAUAGUUUCCUGUCCAAUUUGCUCAAAUAAUGAAUAUUAUGUAUUAAGCAUCCGUGCUUACUAUACAAAUAAUACCAAGAUGUCACAAUUUAUAUUAGAAUAAAAAAUGAGUGAAAUUGUGUUUUUACAUUAUGUUUCAUUGAAAUUUGUGUAGUAUCAAUUAAUAUCAUUAUUUUAUUUGAAAUUUAUUAAUAUUUACAUUAUCAUUUUAAUUCCAAAUUAAAAUAAAUGCAAAUAUAAAACUGUGAAAACAAGCAAUUCUUGUUAUAAGCUAUCUUUGUUACAAUGCCCUUUUGCUAAUCUUGUUAUUUUCUAAUUAUUAAAAGUUUACUAGAUGGUUAUUAUAUAUGUUUUUAGCACUAAAUGUUUUUGAGCACUUCACUUGUUAAGUGUAUACUUUUUUUCUUUUGAAGUUUUUAAUUCUGUUAGGGUUUUAUUAAAAUUGCUGAAUUUGCCUCCUUAAAACUGAUUUGCUUAGAAGAGUGAUAUAAUUGUGGCAUAUUGUAUAUAUUGGAAAUAAAUAUCUAACAAGAUUAAGCUUCUAUUGAAAAUAUAUGUUUUUGUCUUUGUUUUAUAUUUUAAUUUAUGAAAAUUUGUUUGACUUUAGUACUAUUUAAAAAAAAAAAAAGGUCCUGUUUAACUUUUCCCAUUCUUGAAUAUAUUUGCCUUCUGAAUAAAAAAGUGCAGGCGAGUAUGACAAAUUUUUAUAAGUAUCACCUGAGGAAAAUGUGAAAUUUGUAAAGUGUUACUAGACAAGAAAAUAUAUGACCAAUAAAGAUGUCAAUUUGAUUCAUUA